CGGUCUCGGGGAAGAAGGCGGCGGCGGCGGCGAAAGGCGGGGGCGCGGUGGGGGCCGGUCCGUGUUUACACAGCGGCGGGCGGGUGCGGACGCGGAACCCGGCGGCGGUGGCGGCAGCACAAUGGUCAUGGCGCAUUUCGUCGAGAAUUUUUGGGGGGAAAAAAAUAGUGGCUUUGAUGUUCUCUACCAUAAUAUGAAACAUGGACAGAUAUCAACAAAAGAACUAGCAGAUUUUGUGAGAGAAAGAGCUACAAUAGAAGAAGCAUACUCCAGAUCAAUGACAAAACUAGCAAAAUCUGCAAGCAAUUAUUCACAGCUUGGAACAUUUGCUCCAGUGUGGGAUGUAUUCAAAACAUCUACAGAGAAAUUAGCAAAUUGUCACUUGGAUCUUGUUAGAAAAUUACAGGAAUUAAUAAAAGAAGUUCAGAAGUAUGGAGAAGAACAAGUAAAAUCUCAUAAAAAGACGAAAGAAGAAGUUGCAGGAACUCUAGAAGCUGUUCAAACCAUUCAGAGCAUAACUCAGGCCCUUCAGAAAUCCAAGGAAAUUUACAAUGCCAAGUGUGUAGAACAAGAGCGUCUGAAAAAGGAAGGAGCUACACAAAGAGAAAUAGAAAAGGCAGCUGUUAAAUCUAAGAAAGCUACAGAUACCUAUAAACUCUAUGUGGAGAGAUAUGCAUUAGCAAAAGCUGAUUUUGAACAGAAAAUGACAGAAACAGUUCAGAAAUUUCAAGAUAUUGAAGAAACUCAUCUCAUUCACAUAAAGGAAAUUAUAGGAUCCUUAUUGAAUGCUAUAAAGGAAAUUCAUUUGCAAAUAGGUCAGGUUCAUGAAGAGUUUAUAAAUAAUAUGGCUAAUACAACAGUUGAAAGUUUGAUACAAAAAUUUGCUGAAUCAAAAGGCACUGGGAAGGAAAGACCUGGUCUUAUUGAAUUUGAAGAAUGUGACCCUACGAGUGCUGUUGAAGGCAUAAAACCAAGGAAAAGAAAGACUUUCGCUUUGCCAGGAAUAAUAAAAAAGGAAAAAGAUGCAGAAUCUGUGGAAUGUCCUGAUGCAGAUUCACUUAACAUUCCUGAUGUAGACGAAGAAGGCUAUAGUAUUAAACCAGAAGCAAAUCAGAAUGAUACCAAAGAGAAUCAUUUUUAUUCAUCUAGUGAUUCUGACUCUGAAGAUGAAGAACCAAAGAAGUACCGCAUAGAAAUUAAGCCUAUGCAUCCAAGUAACUCACACCACACAAUGGCUUCUUUGGAUGAAUUGAAAGUAUCCAUAGGGAAUAUAUCACUCUCCCCAGCAAUAUCUAGACACAGUCCAGUACAGAUGAAUCGGAAUUCCUCUAAUGAGGAGUUAACAAAAUCAAAGUCAUCUGCUUCAUCCAAUGAAAAAGGGAACAGUGAUUUACUUGCUUGGGACCCUCUCUUUGGACCAUCUCUUGAUUCAUCUUCUUCAACUGCAAUAACAUCCUCAUCAUCAGCCAGGCCCACAACUCCUCUUUCUAUUGGCACCCUUGUCCCACCUCCAAGGCCUGCUUCCAGACCAAAACUUACAUCAGGCAAACUCAGUGGGAUUAACGAAAUACCCAGGCCAUUCAGCCCACCUGUAACUUCCAAUACCAGCCCACCCCCUGCUGCUCCCUUAGCCCGGGCAGAAAGUUCUUCCUCCAUCUCAUCUUCUGCUUCAUUGAGUGCUGCCAAUACUCCAACAGUAGGUGUGUCACGGGGUCCCAGUCCUGUCAGCCUUGGAAAUCAGGAUGCCUUACCUGUAGCAAUUGCCCUUACAGAAUCUGUUAAUGCCUACUUUAAAGGAGCAGAUCCCACCAAGUGUAUUGUGAAGAUAACUGGUGAUGUGACAAUAUCAUUUCCAAGUGGAAUUAUUAAAGUCUUCACUAGCAAUCCCUCUCCAGCUGUGUUAUGCUUCAGGGUGAAAAACAUCAACAGACUUGAGCAAAUUCUUCCAAAUGCACAACUUGUGUUCAGUGAUCCAUCACAGUGUGACUCCAGCACAAAAGAUUUUUGGAUGAACAUGCAAGCUGUUACUCUCUACCUCAAGAAACUAUCAGAGCAAAAUCCAACUGCUUCUUAUUAUAAUGUAGAUGUAUUAAAGUAUCAGGUAACAUCAAAUGGCAUCCAGUCCACUCCUCUGAAUCUUGCAACGUACUGGAAAUGUAAUGCCAGCACCACAGAUCUAAGAGUAGAUUAUAAGUACAACCCAGAGGCUAUGGUGGCACCUACUGUGCUUUCCAACAUACAGGUGGUAGUACCAGUGGAUGGAGGAGUCACAAACAUGCAGUCCCUUCCCCCUGCAAUAUGGAAUUCAGAACAAAUGAAAGCCUUAUGGAAAUUAUCUGGCAUUUCAGAAAAAUCAGAAAAUGGAGGUUCUGGGUCCCUGAGAGCAAAAUUUGAUCUUUCAGAAGGACCCAGUAAACCCACAACACUUGCAGUGCAAUUCCUCAGUGAGGGAAGUACCCUAUCAGGAGUAGACAUUGAACUUGUUGGCACUGGGUAUAGGCUUUCCUUAGUAAAGAAGCGAUUUGCCACUGGACGAUACCUAGCGGAUUGUUGAUGGACCUAUGAAAGUGGUUAGCUUCCGGAAAUAGUUCAGACCUUCCAUUCUGCAUUAUCUGUUCUUUCCAAACACUAUUCUAAGUUAUAUGAUGUCUUUUAAACUUCAUAUUUGAGAGCUGACUACAACAAACAUUAAAUCGCACUUUCAAAGUGAGUCAUUGAAAGAAAUAGCACUGAAAUGGUUUUCUACACAGUAAUGAUCAAAUGCAAUAUUCAAGAAGCACAUUUAUUCAGAUUCUCAAGUAAAAAUGAAGUAUUUGUAGGCCGAAAUUUUAAGUUAUCUUCAAUAUCUGUUUGAAAAAGUCGCUAUAGUGUCAAAAAAUAGGCCUAUAAUUUCAGGAGAGCAAGCACAAAAUUUAGCUUUCUGUAAAUUUGUAGGGUUGGAUAGCUCUGAAAUUUCUUAAGUUUGAUAUUGGAUGGAUAUAAGGAGAUGUGAAUUUAAAAUUUUUGAAUAACGGUCACUCAAAACACUCAAUCAAAUUGAGUUAUGUGCCAUAAGGUAAUGAGACCAGAGUCCAAGCUGUAUGCAAACAACAUAAUUUGAUUCUCAUCACAUAUUAAUAAAGUGUAAGUGGUAUUUUAUAUGAUUUUGUUAAAAUUCUCAAGUGCAAUGUGUUUUAAAAUAAGCUUGCAAAAGACAGCAGAAAACUUUCUUCUGCGGUUAAUUAACUUUAUAAAAGUUAUGAUUGUUUUGAUGAAUUAAUGCUGUAGAUUUAAUUUAUUUUUGUAUGUUUUACAUAAUGUGUGCCUUUUAAAACAAUAACAAAACCCAGAAAUGUGCCUAUCUACCUAUGUCCAUUAGUGUGCCUCACGUCCUCAUAGCUGGAUCUUCUAUUCAGAAGCUUCCAGUGGCCAAGCAGUUUUACAAGAUAUUUGCAAGUUUUGUAAAUACCUCUGUCCUGCAAUUGGGAAGGGAAUUCAAAAUAACUAAAGAAUAAUUUAUAUUUACCCUGGCUCACUUACUUAGUGAUAACACUGUAGCCACUAGAAAGAGAAAUAAACCUAAGUGAUCACCUCAGAUAUUCUACAUGAAUCUCACGAAAAGUAUGUGAAACAGAUAAAUUCUGAGAAAGUUUGACAAUGAAUUGGCAGCUGUGGUAUUUUAACUCGCAAGGUAGCAUUUCCUUUGACUCUCUUUACCAUUGAAAUUUCACACAGUUAUUUACUGGUUUGUGGACUUGAAUUUUGUAGUACUUUAUGAGUAUUACAAAGAAAGAUUCAUUUUUGGAAACAGGAAGAGUACUUUCAUUUGGUUUCAUUUAAAAAUUUGAACAAUUGUACAUUUUUAUGUUCUUAAUUCCCAUAAGGUAAAAAUAUGUAAAUUAUUUGAAGUGAUAGGUUGACUUAAGCAUUUCUUAAAAUGGACUACUUAUAGUAAAACCCUCAUUUUAACAAGUCCUGGUUAAUUGAAAAAAUAUUUUACACAAAAUUGCAUAACUUUCAAAUGGGAAUUUUAUUUAUAAUGAUAAAUACCAGUGCCCUUCAUUUUUCAUAGUAGAAGUAAUACUUUGUUAUGUGACAAUUUAUAUAAAACCACUAAUUUUCCUGUUAAACAUUACAGAAAACAAAAGCCUUUUUACUAGCCAUUUAUGUAACAUAUUGUUAUACUAAAUACAGAGGAAAUCCACACCUUAGAAAUGUAUAACACAGUAUGUGCGUUUUCAUAUAUUCAGUGUUAGUCCCGUUCUAAAUUUAGAUUUGACUAAAGCAACAAAUAAGACAUUUUGCUAAAAUGUUCGUCUUUACUAAAUAGCAAAAUUAGAAUUUCUAACUCUUAUAUUGUGCUCCUUAAAAUGCCAAUUACAGCCCCCCUCUUGGAAUUUUAACUGUAAGUCUGCUUUGCAAUCAAACUGCUUUUUUUGGCAGUUAAUGUUUUAUUACUGGAAUUCUGACAUUAUUAUACUCACCUUGUUUGUUUUUAAUCAAGUAUUACUUAAAAAUGUGCAAAUUAGUGAAAUGGUUAAACUUCUGCACUUUCUUAAUUAUCACAGUCUUCAUAUUAAGUAUUGAUAUAUAAAUUUGUAUUGGGUACAGGUUAUAAGUUUGAAGCCAUAUGAGUUUAUAUUGAUUUUUUUUCAUUUAAAAAUCUAAUGGAGUGAAAAAGAAACAGUAGGUUUUCAAUGCGAAAUGUAUGAGCAAGCUGGUUCUUGCUUAUGUAUAGCAAUAAACAUAGUAGCUGCCUCUUUAACUAAGAACUUGUAAACACAGAACUCUAACAAAUGUGAGUUUUUAAGGAUUGUUAUUUACUACUUUGGGUUGUAAUUAGAACAAUGCACAUCUAUCUUCCAAAAUUUUGUAAAUAUUUUUGAUUUUUUUCAUAAAAUGUAAAUUUUACAUGAAAGUUGUACCCUUAAUAAACAUGUAAUAUAUAAUUUA